AGACAGGCAUACGGCAAAGCGUCGAUGUGAGAGAGGGAGAAAGAAUGGAAAAUACGGAGAGCUUAACCGGAGAAAAAAAGCUAUGAUCCUUCUUUACAUAGCGUUGCGCUCUUAGUUAUUCUCAGUCGACGCGUGGCUGUUACGGAGAACGGAUAUGUUAGCGCUAUGCAUCUUCUUCCUGGUUGUCAUCACGUCACCGCAUGCAGCCGAGCGAGAUGGUUCAAGGGAAAAAAUACCCUUGACACAGGAGAAAUAUUAUCACAUACCCAAGUCGCUAACAAACGAACAGAUUGCCACGUUGUCCGACCUCACAAACAUCACCCACAUGAACGAAGUUUUGGAUAACAUAUGUGUAGUGAGAAUUGUAGGAACCACCGAACACGCGAGAGUGAAGCAGUAUAUCAAGAGGUCGAUGAAAGGUCUAGGUUGGACAGUCGAAUCAAAUGCAUUCCAAGCUCACACGCCUAUAUUCGGCAAAUUGAAGUUCGAAAAUAUAAUAGCAAAAUUAAAUCCUAAUGCAAGAAGAUAUCUGGUAUUGGCUUGCCAUUUCGAUUCCAAGUAUACGAGAGAGGGGGAUUUUAUUGGAGCCACAGACAGUGCUGUGCCAUGUGCUCAACUAAUUAAUUUGGCAACUGUCAUGAGUAAAUAUUUAACUAAACAACAUAAGGAUGUUAGCUUAAUGUUCAUUUUCUUCGAUGGGGAAGAAGCAUUUCAGGAAUGGGGUCCGAACGAUUCUAUUUAUGGUGCUAAACAUUUAGCUAAGGAAUGGUAUAAUAAAAAGAAUUACGAUGAAGGAAUUGAGUUCCGUGAAUUGGAUAGAAUGGACAUAUUGGUCCUUCUCGAUUUGCUAGGCGCACCUGAUCCAAUAUUUUACAAUUAUUUCAAAAAUACCGAGAAAUGGUACUCCUUGCUUGUCAGUAUCGAACAAAAAUUAGCUCGAAUGAGGAAAUUUGAAUCGUAUUCAUAUGGCAGACCGGAACAGAGGUAUUUUCAACCGUACUCGUACGAUCCGCAUAUCGAAGACGAUCAUACUCCCUUUUUGAAAAAAAACGUGUCCAUUUUGCAUAUAAUACCGACCCCGUUUCCGCCCUUUUGGCAUAAAUCUGGCGACAAUCGACACAAUAUCGAUUUGAAGACUACAGAGAAUAUCAAUAAAAUACUUAGGAUAUUUACCGCUUCGUAUUUACAUUUAACUGUCAAACAAAAUUAAGAAAAGUUGCAUAUCUGCCGAAGAAAUAAUUAACAACUGUACUUCUUCUAUUUGCCAAAACGAAGAUACAUAUAAAUCAUAUAUCAAGAAAAAGGUCUAAAC